AAGAGAGCUGUUAUAUUUGUGCCUGCUACAGUUGGAAAUAACAGUUCAGAAGCUGAAAAGGGUUGAAUGGAUUUACAGAAGGUUAUUUUUUGCAAGUAAAUUCAUGGCAACACAUUAAUUUGAUUAGUACAUGCUUUAGAAUUACUUUACACUCAAGCGAUUCAAAAGAUGUCAAAGUUGUCACCAGGCUGCUGGACAAAUAUGUGUUACACCACCAAGGUACAGAUCAAGACAAAUCUGUGACUCAGGAUUUUAUCUUGGGAAGAGCGCAAGGUGUACGAAGAACUCAGAAUAACGAGGGAAGAUAACUCUGGGAACUACAAUGUGUCAGAAGAACAUCUCUUGCUAAUACAGCUCCCCACCCGAGACCCGGUUAUCUAAGGUUUAUAUAGGAAUGCCUAGGUCAGCUGACAAAAUACUGGUCUUCUGCUCCAUAAAUGCAGAAAAAACGAUAACAACAGUGGAAAAUUGGAAGUCUGAAUUUCAGCUUUCUUAGAAAUAACUGCAACCUGACACAUUCCAUAAUAUUUAAACAGGGUGGGGGGAGAGGAAUCACCAAAGAUGUUACGUUUAGAGAUGACAUUGACAUGAAGAAUAGGUAAAUUUUGUUUUUCAGCUACUGGGAAAGCAGACCUCAUAGGAACUCAGAACAAGUAGGAGAAAAGUUUUGUUUUUUUUUUUUUUUUCCUUGUUCCUUUUCUUUUCAAAGAUGAACCUUACUGCGCUCAAAGCUUUCGUGGGCUUGCUCUGGAAUUGCUGGGUUCUGGUGGGUCACGCACAGGGAAGUUUAGGAGACAAUCAUGUCCAUUCGAGUUUUAUUUACAGGAGGCUGCGGAACCAUGAGAGAAGGGAGAUUCAGAGAGAGAUUCUCUCUAUCCUGGGUUUACCUCACAGACCCAGACCAUUUUCACCAGGAAAGCAGGCUUCUUCUGCACCCCUCUUCAUGCUGGACCUGUAUAAUGCCAUGACAAAUGAAGAGGAUUCUGAGGAGCUGGAGUAUUCACUAAAGGGAUCAGUGGCAGGGGAGACCAGAGGGAUACGAAAAGGAUACCCUGCCUCUCCAAAUGGAUAUUCGCGUGGAAUACAAUUAUCUCGCAUGACCCCCCUGAGCACACAGAAUCCUCCCUUAGCCAGCCUGCACGACACCAACUUUCUGAAUGAUGCUGACAUGGUCAUGAGCUUUGUCAAUUUAGUUGAAAGAGACAAGGACUUCUCCCACCACCGAAGGCACUACAAAGAGUUUCGCUUUGACCUCACUCAGAUCCCUCAUGGAGAGGCAGUGACAGCAGCCGAAUUCCGAAUAUACAAAGAUCGGAGCAACAGCCGCUUUGAGAAYGAAACCAUCCAGAUUAGCAUCUAUCAGAUCAUCAAGGAGUAUCCCAACAGGGAUGCAGACUUGUUCCUGUUGGACACAAGAAAGGCUCAAGCUUCUGAUGUGGGCUGGUUUGUCUUUGACAUUACUGUGACCAGCAAUCACUGGGUGAUCAACCCACAGAACAACCUGGGCUUGCAGCUCUGCGCUGAAACUGGCGAUGGUCGAAGCAUCAAUGUUAAAUCUGCUGGCCUGGUUGGAAGACAUGGACCUCAGUCAAAGCAGCCAUUCAUGGUUGCAUUCUUCAAGGCAAGCGAAGUGCUUUUCCGUUCUGUCCGAGCAGCCAACAAUAAAAGGAAAAAUCAGAACCGCAGCAAAUCCGGUAGUCAGCAGGAGUCUUCCAGGAUGCCCAGCGUUGGGGAUUAUAACACAAGCGAGCAAAAGCAAGCGUGUAAGAAACAUGAACUUUAUGUGAGUUUCCGAGACUUAGGAUGGCAGGAUUGGAUUAUUGCACCGGAGGGCUACGCUGCRUUUUACUGUGAUGGAGAGUGUUCUUUCCCCCUGAAUGCCCACAUGAAUGCAACAAACCACGCCAUUGUUCAGACUCUGGUUCAUUUGAUGUUCCCUGAUCACGURCCAAAGCCAUGCUGUGCACCAACAAAACUGAACGCAAUCUCCGUGCUCUACUUUGAUGACAGUUCCAAUGUUAUUUUAAAAAAAUACAGGAAUAUGGUGGUGCGUUCAUGUGGCUGCCACUGAAAUAAAAAAUUAAUCURAAGCAGAGGGUUUUAUUCCAAAUUGUAAUAAAGUCAAGAUAUGAGCCUUGCUGAUGAAAARGCAGGCCUAAAUUUAUUCCAUUUCAUGUCAUCUCUCAUUUAAUUGUACAGUAUAAUGUAUAUAGUAGCUUUUAUUUAUUUAAAAGUAUAUAGUUUCUUUUGUAUGAGCAAAAUUUCAGAACCAUUUAUUUUAUGGGUCACCUCACUAAACAGUAAAAGUUCACAAAUUAAUUUUUCAAUUGACCAUACUGAAAUCUGUUUUAUCCCAUUUCAAUAUAGUAAAGUAAAGCCUUUCUGUGUAGAUUUUUUUUUAAAUUAGAAACUUCAGAACUUCUGUAACUGCUUUGUAUUGUUAGAGGAACUAAAAUGCAUUUGGUCAUAUUGUGCCAAUGAAAACUGUGGCAUGGUAUUUGUUUAGAAAAAGGCGCAGGAGGAAAAAGCUAAAACAAAACUGCUUGGCGAAACAUAUUUUUUCUUUUAGAAGUUCUGCYCCAUUAGAGAAAGUGAAAUGUUGAACAGUACUUAAGUAAAUAAAUAGCAGAUAAAAAAUAGAAGUGAAAAAAUUGCACAUAAUUGUUAUAACUAUUUUCUUUAACAAGAUGAGUGUAACUGGAGGAAUAUGUUACUUUUUGGCUCAUGAGCUGCAGAGUUAGCAAAAGGCUCCAGGCUUUGGCAAUUCUGUGUAGACAGACUCCUGCCUCUAUCUGUGACUUACCAAGUUAACACUAAAAAUUGAACUACAAUGUUCUUACCUCAAAUCAUAUCAAUCUGUUAUCUACUACAUUGCUCCAGCAGGUAUUUUAUAAUAGUGUGUAAAAAGCCAAAAUCAAACAAAAAAUCAUGCAAACCUUUCCAUGACAUGCACAAAUUACUAUAUAAACAAAGUAUACAGAAUACAGGGUAUGGAAGGGCUUUGCUUUAUUUAGCUCCCACUUCUGGAUGUGUUUCAUGAGUGUGCAAGGGAAGGCACAGGGGAUCCAGCUGCUGUCACCUUUUUAAUAAAAACCCUUUUCCCUGGUGGUGGCUGUUUUCAGGCAAAGAUAAAAAACACCUUUCAUAAGAAGCUGUUGGGUAUAUUGCAGCCUACUUUUAGUCCCAUCUUCUUUUCUAUCUGGUGGGGAUUGGUUUAAAUAAUGAGACUCAAUACGGAAUAUUUUUCCUUCUAAUUAUCAUUAACUGUUGUAACUUUGAUAGUUMUUAAAUCUAUAUAAAUAACUUUUUAAUCACACUAAAUUUUGGCAUCAAAUUAAGUACUUUGGCUGUGAAUUGCACAACCAAUUACAGAUUACCAUUCCUACCACUACUACAUAUAUGUUUAUUUUGAUUAAUUAAUUGCAUUUAAUGCCUUUGGGCACCCCUUUUUUCAUGUAAAUGGGAAAACAGAAAUUGUCCUUUCUCUAUUACAUGGCUCAUUAUAACRUAUGCUUUUAUCAUGAAUUGCCUUCAUUAAAAAUGCUUUCUUUAAACCAUUCUCAAAGAGUGGCUAAAAAAUGGAUAGGAUUUAUCAGUUUUUUUCUGAACAGUCUGUUCUCGUAAACUCUGACUUCUCUGGUUAUUUAAAACAUAUCUCAGAAAACUCAGAUGAUUACAGACUGAUAAAACCAGCAUGUGUGUGUGACUGCAUGUAYGCAUGUGAAUAGGCAGCUGUCGUUUUUGCAGACACUAAUUUAUUUUAAUUUGCUAUUGGAGUAACACAUAAAUCCUUUCAUUGCAUACACUCAAUUUAAAAAUAAAUAAAAAUUAGCCAUUCUGAUUUCAGCCUCGGGAAUCUUUCCGCUUAAUAGAACAGUUCCAUUUUACACUCUCAUCUGUAUUUUAUACUGACAUUACCUAAACACCUACAUUUAAUUGCAGUUGAUGCACAAGGGUGUAUAGAAAAAUACGUCUCCACCUGAAUUACCAUUUUAAAAAAGUUAAAUUCCUCUAUUGUCUUAAAAAAAAAUACUGUUUGUUGUAUAAAUUGGGUYGGUGGAUAUGCUUUUUUGAACUCAAUAAAUUCUAAAAGGAAUUUGAUGGAUACUAAAUUCUGGGCACAUUAAGUAAUAUAUUUUUAAAUAAUGGUGUACCAUUUUGAGACUAAGAAGCUGAAGAUUAUUGUUUAUUAUUCUUUAAAAUAUGCUGUUGGAAUAUAUUUCUAUAUUUUGAGACAUAAUAAACCUGUAAUACUAUUUUCCUCUGCUGUGACUUUGCUUCUUAGACACAUGACAAAAUGACACUUGACUUGAUGUAUCCUUUUAAAAGGAAAAGCAGGAGAUCACCAAUGGCUAUGGAUAGCUUUUGUUUCAGUUCAUUUCUAGUACAGACAUUUCGCAAAAUUACUUUUCUUUUUUUGCCUCUUAAACAGCGAACAGUGAGMCAUCUACAGUAGUAAUAAAAAUUAUGUGUUCAAAUCAUACCUCCAAGCGCUGGCUCUCUAUUCAAAACAUAGGAGAAAUGUUUUUUAAAAUUGUCAAUAAACCCAUAACUGGUCAUUCCUCUGUUCAGAAUGAAGGAUAGUGGCACCACACUUUCUGCAGUCUCUGGAGAAGUA